AUGCGUAGAAAAGGAAUACCUGGAAAAAUUUUGGUAUUGGAAGUGUUUUUAAACGUGGAAGAUUGUGUGAACGUAUUAGUUGUGACACCAUUUCCGGUUUCGAACCAUUAUCAAAUGUUAAAAACGGAUAAUAACGUCAUCGUUGAUCGAAAGAAAACGUAA